AUGGCAGCAACCAAGCUGUACCAUUAUGAACCCUCUUUUAUACCCGCCCUCGUCGUUUUGGGCUUGUGUUUUGCUUCUACGUUGGUUUGUUUGAUGCAGAUGGUUCGAUUUGAAACUGUUGGAUAUGGAUGCCGAGUGUGGUCGUCACAAGAAUCGCCAAAUUGGUCGACCCUCCCUUAUGCAAUCCAGACUUUUACACUCAUUUCAGGUCCAUUUUUGAUGCUUGCUACAAUCUAUAUGACUCUUAGCAAGAUUAUCAUUCUUUUGGAUGCAGAUAUACACUCUCUUGUUCCCGUCAAAGUCCUGCCCAAGGUCUUUAUCUUUGGAGACUUGAUCUCACUUGCAGCACAACUGACAGGUGCUGCCUAUUUAGUCGAUGCCAUAGACGUGUCUCAACAGAGAACAGCCCAGCUCAUCAUCGUGGGUGGUCUCUCAUUCCACGUCUACUUCUUCGGCUUCUUCAGUUCCGUUCUCCAUAUAGCUUACACCCGCGUUCUUGAAGCCCCAACACGUCAAAGCUCUCUCAUUACCAUGCCCUGGAGACGCUGGAUACUCGUUCUUUAUAUAUCUUGCGGCCUUAUUCUCGUUAGAUCCGUAUAUCGUGUCAUAGAGUAUGCCACAGGUCCUCUCGGCGUUGUCCAAGGUACCGAGAUAUACUUUUACGUUUUCGACGCUGGAUCUAUUUUCAUCAUUACCUGUCUUUUCAACAUUUUCCAUCCUCGACAACUGGCUGUUGUAUCCAAAGAUGAUCUACCAGAUCCUGAGACUAUCGUCGUUACACCUUCCAAGCCUUUGUCUCGAUAUCCACCACAGACACCUCCUCGAUAUAUGCAGCCACCACCAUUUCUUCCUUCACAUGCAAAUUUGAGAAAUCUAUCCACCUCCGAUGCAUUAUUACCAGCAGCGGAGACCUCAUACACUGGUCCAUCAUCGACCGCGGACCAACAGGACCAACAAGAGCUUCAAUACAUCGUUGAGCUCGUCUUCUAG